UACAGGCUAUUUUGUUUGAAGUUAACAGUAUUACCUUCAAUUAGUGCAAAAGUUCUAGGCUUCACUUAAGUUCAGGAGACACAUUAGCAAUUGCUCUGCACAAUGUUGGUGCUAGUGCUGGGGGACAUGCACAUCCCGUACCGGGAGAGCUCCCUGCCGGUCAAGUUCAAGAAGCUGCUCGUGCCGGGGCGCAUCCAGCACAUCCUGUGCACAGGCAACCUCUGCACCCGCGACGGCUUUGACUACCUCAAGACACUCGCCGCCGACGUGCACGUCGUGCGUGGCGACUUUGAUGAGAGCCAGUACCCGGAACAGAAGGUGGUGCGCGUAGGCCAGUUCCGCAUAGGCCUAUGCCACGGCCACCAGCUGGUGCCAUGGGGGGACCCAGCGGCGCUGGCACUGCUGGCCCGUCAGCUGGACGCUGACAUCCUCAUCACGGGGCACUCGCAUAAAUUCCAGGCCUUCGAGGCCGAGGCCAAAUUCUUCAUCAAUCCAGGCUCCGUGACGGGGGCAUACAGCGCGCUGGACAGUGCCGUGGUGCCCUCGUUCGUCCUCAUGGACAUCCAGAGCUCGACCGUGGCGACGUACGUCUACCAGCUCAUCGACGACGACGUUAAAGUCGAACGCAUCGAGUACAAGAAAUCUGUGUAGUGUUUGAGACGUCUGUGUGUGAAUCAUGUGAAGUUUGUGUGGCGUGGGUACUGUGUAGUGUGUGGCUCACGUGGCUGGGUCAUGUGUUGUUUGUGUGCCUUCUGUGUGAAGGGAGUCGUGUGCAGUGUGUGCUGCCAGUGUGACGUGUAGUGAGUAUAACUCGAGGGGAGGCAGGAAACGUAAUGUAGAGCUGGUAUUUCUGGACGUUACUUCGUUCUAUUUUGUAAGUGGAGUUUGGCCCCCACACACUCCAGUGAGUUAUAACGGAGAUUCGCUAUCGCACUCUUAUGGAUAGACAAAUUCAGACACCAAUUAUUAUCAGGUUCGCAGUAGGAGUUGACCGAGAACACACGAGUCAUAUUAAACCUGGUAUUUUAGGAGUACAUUGGCAGCGUAUUGUUCCAUAUAUUCCAGUCAUUAUAAUAUAAUGGCAACACAAUUAUCUAUUAUCGUUGAGAUUUUCCAAUAUAUCUCGUGCGGGGAAUGAAAAUUAUGCUAUGGACUACGCGUUGAGUGUAGUAAUAAGAUCCUUGUGGUUCACUAUACCUAGCGAACGCACGCGCUUAAUGGACAAUGAUUAUCUAUUAAAGACCUACCACUCAUAAGGUCAAGCCACGUGCGGAUUGAUGAGGUAAAACAAACUCAUGUGCUUCAAGUAUAUUAUAAUUCCGAUUUUUAUGUCCAUAAAUUAUUUAGGGAGGACCAGUUAAUUCGUGCGACUGAUGACUACGUAGCCUGCGUGGCGAGAGCAGACCAGGGGCAAGAAUUACUGAAGGCGUUGUUAUGUUAUAUCCAUUCCUUAAUUUAUUUAUUCAGGCAUGUGUCUGGAUGCUUUGUAAAUGGGCAUCCUCUGCGUGUCAAGGCCAAUAAUUCGGCGUGAAGUACUGUCAACAGAUAUCACUUGAAUAUUGUCAGCUCCGAGACCAAAUGUACGGUUCUCAUUCUAAUAUAAUGCGUUAAUAAAGAGUUUUUCAAGAUUUCA